UCACGUCAAAAAUAACAAUGGGUUGCCAGUGGUGGGUGUUCGUUGAAGGUUAAAAUUUCAUAAAAAAUAAAGUAAAUCAUCAUCUAAAAUUCGUAAUAAAAACAUAUGUAUGUAUUGAAACAUAUGUACGUAAUAUGAGCAACUUAAUAAAACAGUUACCGUACACAAAUUCUUCAUUUUAAAUACAUUUCAUGUUUUUAUUUUAAAUACUAAUGCAUAACAAUACCCCAAAGAUACGUCGAUGAUCAAAAUCCCUGGUGUCAGUUUGGCUUCACUUUUGGUCAUAGGAUUACUCGUCCUCUCUCUUUCCUUGUCUAAGUCUGACCCUUAGACAGACUCUUUUUUCCUUGUCUAAGGUCUGACCUGACGUUUGUUAUAGGUUAUCAAUUUAUAAACAAGGACAUAAAAACUAACUAACAGUAAAGUGUAAUUUUAUUAUUAUAAUAAUAUUAUAAUGAAUUUAAAUAUGUGUAAUUUAAACAACACUAUGGAUAAUAAUUCUCUUGAAGUAACAGGUGAUAAUUUAAAAAAUAAAAUAGAAGCAAUCUUGGGAUGGCCAGUGGACAGUUUUUAUCUUACUCUUAAUGGAAGAAUCGUACAAUCAGAUACUAUUGUCCAACGUGCCUCAAUAGAUUCUCUAAGGAUUAUUCCCAGAAUAUUUGGUGGAAAGGGUGGUUUUGGUUCUAUGCUUAGAGCAAUAGGAGCACAAAUUGAAAAAACUACAAACAGAGAAGCAUGCAGAGAUUUAAGCGGAAGAAGACUAAGAGAUAUUAAUGAAGAACAAAGAUUAAAAAAUUGGAUAAAUCAACAAGCUGAAAGGGAAAAGGAAGCCAAGGAAAGGAAGAAGAAGAAGCUUGAAAAGAUGUGUGAACAACCUAAAUAUGAAUUCAAUGAUUCAGAAUAUGACAAAGAAAGAUCUGCCCUUCCAGAAAUGGUUGAGGAUGCUGUACUUCAAGGUCUUCAAGCUACUAGUAGUACUAGUGAUACCAGCAUGAAGCGCAAAGGUGAUAAAAAAGAAGUGAUUAAAAAGAAAAAAGCAAAAUUAUGGGUUGAUGAUGAAUUGGAUGAAGACCUUAGUUCAGAAGAUGAUAGCAGUGGCAAUGAAUCAUCAAAUGAGUCAAAAAAUGGUGAACUUAAUAUAGAAAAGUCAGCUCAAGCAACAAGAUCAGACAAUUCAUUAGAAGAUGUUCCAAACUCUUUGACCCCAGAUAAAGCAUCAGAACAAAAGGAAAAGGUCCAAGAAGCAUAGAAUUUAGCAUAGAACUAUUUAUAAAAAUAAAAAUGUAAAAAGAAAUAUCAAAUAAACAAAUAAAUAUAAACAAUUUUGGUAACAGGGAA